UAAUGAUAAUAACAGCAACAAUAGAAAUAGGAAUGAUGAUAUUAAUGGUGAUGAAAUAAUGACAACAACAGUAGAAAAGAGAAUAAUAAUGGUAAUAGAAAUAGCAACAGUGCUUUGUGCUGAUAUCUGUAAUGACACUUCGAGGCGCCGCUUAAUUACUAAGACACAUGUUUCGCACACGCAGCCCCGUGAUGUAUCGAGCGAAAUCCGGUCCGACGGAUUACACAUUCAGCUAGAAAUGAACAAUGACUUGCGCAAUGACUCCGGUACACUUUUUGUGGUGAUGGCCCUCCUCACGGCCCUCGCGUCUGCCACUCCGCCUCCAGAACCGCAGCGUGACGACUCCCUCCAGAACGGGGCCAUUCUGAGGGACGACCACCUGCUGGACGACCACCUGCUGGACGACCACCUGCUGGAGGACGACCGGCUGGAGGACGACCGGCUGGAGGACGACUACGACAAGUUCAAUUUCGGGGUCGAGCCCAGGAAUGGCAUCUUCCUGUCAGAGUCGGGAUUCGGUGAGCUGAAGAACGUCUUCCGCGGCGCCGGCUCCUUUUCGUACACCGCUCCCGACGGCACGCCGAUCUACGUGGAGUUCGUGGUCGACGAGAACGGGCGAGGCUUCCAGACCCACCAGAGCCUCCUGCCGCUGAAGUCCCCGAUCCCGAGGCCGAUCCCGAAGUUCGUCCUCGACCAGAUCACGAAGGCCGCUGAGGAGGGCGAGGCAUCACGAAACCACCAUCACCUCAGGGACCCCAACCUCCCCGUUGGGACUUCUUGAUCUAUUUCAUCUCAUCCUCAUGUCUGUUUGUAUUGUCAUUUCAUAUUUUUGUAUUGAUUUGUAAGUAACAUCACCUGGUAAUAUUCCUUUACCGAGAGAGGAAGAAAUAAAAGAAAUGUUACGAA